AUGAACAACGCGUUGUUGGAAAGCAGAUCGUGAGUGCUGUCACUUUAAUUACUGCCGGUUUCUUCCUAAAGACUAUUAGAACGAAAGCGGAGCUAUGCAAUUAAGAAGUUGCCGAGCCUCGGCCGCUCAAUUUCUAUUCACUCUGAGAAACAGCUUCCCCUUCUUUUCGAUGCCAAAGACAUCGAAAUAAUUGAGGAACUUGGGCAGGGAGCGUUUGGAAAAAUUUAUAAGGUGAACUUAUAUAUCUCCGGCUUUCGGUAUCUAAUUUGACUUUUAGUUUUCUGUUUUGCUUAGCGAACCCGAGCUCAAGCUGUGAACUUCAUUUUACCACACCCAGCUGGGCGUAGACGUUCCUUCUUUCUCAGGACUUAGAAAGUCCCGUUCAUUUAUAACAGAGACUUAGUCAAAGACGUUAGACUUCGCCAGUUUGUAUUGCAGUUAUUUGGAUUUGGGCCUCCCACUAAAUAUAUUUAGUGGGGAGGCACAAAUUCCACUAACUACAAUAAAAAUUGGCGUAGUCACUCUCGAGUAUGACGCCAUACUCGAAUGUCAAAUGGAAAGUGUGAACGAUGCGCUCUUUUGGGUAUUGUGUCCUCAGUUGCGUUCACAUUUUUUUCUUAAUAGGGAAUGGGAUCAGUAUGAAAUAAGGUUAGCUAAGAUAAGGACAUGGAAUACCCUACUGACCUAUUUUAUACAUAGAAUUCGGUUUGGCAUCCCUUGCCUUCAGUUAAAACCAUGCGUAUCUGUUUAUAUAAAGACGAACUGUUACUGUAAACUGCAUCAUACUGGAGAAGGCACUAUUUUCUCAUUUUGCCGUGGAAGUGCGCAAAUGUUUAUGUUGUAGAGCAAAAGUUGAGGUGGACAUUAGUAGGAAACCGCUUUAAAUUAUUGCAUUUAUCCUCACUUAAUCGGUGGCCGAACAAGAUAUAGAAUGCGAUUGCAGUCCGCAUUUGUAUUAUUGUGAUUUUAAUGUAUGCACCACUACAAUCUCUAGUGAGCAUGGAAAAUACUUGAACAUUGGGAAGUUUUCGGCACGAUGUGUAUCAAAAUCAUGUUUCUCAUGUCCGUUAAAAAAACCUAAUUAAUUAGCAUGCAACCCUGUCGGCUUAAAUAAGACAAGCCUUUGCAAAACUUUGCUCCCGAAUAUCCAGAAACCUUUUGAAUUUGUACGCUUCUCACCUAAAGCUCUGCGGCAAGUUCCUUCAUGUACAUGUCAUCUAUUUACUGAGUUUAGCAAUGGUAAUCGGGAGACAUGUUUACUUUGCUUAUUCUCAUCAAUACAUGUGCUAGUGCAUCCUCACUACGUUGAUAAACACUUAUCCUGUUGAAAAAGUUUAAUAAUGUGUAGUUUGUCUUAAACGUAUGAAUUACGCGCCAUCAGUUGACUCUGCCUUGUAGGGUUGUCAAUAAGUUACUGUUUGCCCAGUCCUAAUUCCGUACUUAGUUUUAUCCCGGUCUUCAAGAAUGUUUAUUUCUGCUGUACUGUUUUCUCAGGUUCACCACAAGAACUUCCAAGAAGAUUUGGUUAUCAAAGGUGUUUUGACUAAUGCCGGUGAUUGCGAGACCUACCUCUUGAAAGAGGUUAGUGUUCCUUAUUAUGUUUUCUUGCGUUAAACAGUAAACUUAAUGUCAUUUUAAGCUUUUACUGGAUUAUUUUUUCUUUGUCUUUAGGUUUCUCUUCUUCAGAGAUUGAAACACCCCAACCUCCUCUACAGUUUUGGUGUACUUGUUAUGGAUCAUCAGCUGUGGCUCGUCACUGAGUUUGUCUGUGCCGGCUCUUUACACGACUUUU